AUGUCUGACAUGAACGAUGAUAUAGAUGUUAUGGAUGGUGAUACCACCUUGACCCGAGAAGAAAUUGAAUUGUUGACCGAGGAAGAGUUGCAAGAGAUGGGUGUUACCAGAGAGGAAUUACUUGCACAAUUAGACGAAGGAAAGGAUGAGCCGUUCCAAGAGGAAGAAGAGGUUGAAAUUUUAACCCCAACUUCUCCAGCACUGGAAGAAAAUCCAAUCACAAUGAAGGAAAUUCAAUUUGUUACUCUCGAUCCCGAUCAGUUAAUUCAACAACAGCAAGAAUUAGUUAGUGAAGUUUCUAACGUUCUUGGUGUUCCUGUCGGUGCUUGCGGUAUACUUUUGAGAAGUUACGAUUGGAACAAGGAAAAACUUUGGAAUGACUUUUUCGAAAAUAAGGAACGUGUGAUAAAGAAAGCCAACAUCAACGUGAACGAUUUCAAAAUUUAUCAAGGAGUUCCUGGGAAAGAAUACGAGUGUAGUGUUUGUUUUGAUACCUAUGAUGGUUCAAAUAUGUUAGCCAUGGCUUGUAAACACUAUUUUUGCCAGGACUGUUGGAGGCAGCAUUUAAUCACAGCGAUUAAUAACGGAAAUGCUUGCUUGACAGCAAGUUGCUUAGAGAGAGGAUGUACAAACCUUAUUAUCGAAGCGUUAGUGAAAGAAUUGGUUCCUCCCGAUAGCUACAAAAUUUAUUCCAAAUAUUUGGUGAGAAGCUUUGUUGAGGACAAUCCUAGAAUCAAGUGGUGUCCAACACCAAAUUGUGGUAGAGCUGUAUUUUGUCCAGAGACCACGGUCGAUGCUGUUCAAUGUGGUCAUUGCAACCAAAAGUUUUGCUUCAAAUGCUCUUGUGAAGCUCACGUUCCAGCAUCUUGUGCACAUUUGAAAGCCUGGAAAAAGAAGGAACAAGACGAAUCGGAAACAGCAACAUGGUUAACAGCCAACACAAAGGACUGUCCAAAAUGUAACAGAUCAAUUGAAAAGAAUGGAGGAUGUAACCACAUGACUUGUUCUCAGUGUAAGCACGAAUUCUGUUGGGUUUGUAUGGAUGAUUGGACCAGUCACGGUAGCGAAACUGGUGGCUACUAUAAAUGCAACAAGUACAAACCAGAAGAUUUAAAGAAGAAAUUGCACGAAGAUGAACGAGAAUCAGCUCGUGCUGCUCUUGAAAAAUACAUGCACUAUUUCACCAGAUAUGCAAACCACGACAAGUCCCAAAAGUUUGAACGACAAUUGCGUGAAAAGACAGAAGAAAAGAUGAGAGAAUUGACUCAAAUGAAUAAGUAUAGUUCAUGGGUAGACGUAGAAUAUAUUCAGAAAGCUGUCAAUACUCUUAUUGAAUGUAGAGGUAAUCUAAAAUACACCUAUGUUUACGGAUACUAUCUCGAAGAGGGCCAAGAAAAGAAUUUAUUUGAAUACUUGCAAGAAGAUUUGGAAAGAGUUACAGAAAAACUCAGUGACAUUCUUGAAAAUACACCUGUUGAUAGAUUUAACAGAGAUGAGAUCAUUUCAACAACUCGUUCAGCAGAGACUCGUCUCAAGCACUUGAUCGAAGGAGUAACUGGCGGUAGCAAACUCACUGCCACAGAGAUGUUUUAA